AUGGCUGGGGAAAUAAACGAGGUGAAGCUGCUGGGGAUGUGGGCGAGCCCGUACAUGGCGAGAGUGAAGCUGGCGCUUCACAUCAAGGACGUGAGCUACGAAUACGUCGAGGAGGACCUCACCAACAAGAGCGAGCUGCUCCUCCGCUCCAACCCCGUCCGCAACAUGGUGCCCGUGCUCAUCCACGACGGGAAGCCCAUCUGCGAGCCGCAGGUCAUCAUCCAGUACAUUGAUGAGGCCUUCGCCCCCGCUGGCAAGGCCCUCCUCCCCGCCGACCUCUACGAGCGCGCCGUGGCCCGCUUCUGGGCCGCCUACAUCGACGACAAGGUGCUGCCGCCGUGGGAAAUGAUCUUGAAGGCAAAGACGGACGAGGAGAGGGCGGAGUGGGCGAAACAGACCUUUGGAGCGAUGGAUGCGCUGGAGGACGGAUUCAGGAAGUGCUCCAUGGGCAAGGGGUUCUUCGGUGGCGAUGACGUCGGCUACCUCGACGUCCUUCUCGGGGGCAUGGUCCCGUGGCUGUACGCGACCGAUCGAGAAGAUCUCUGGCCACAACUUCUUUGA